AUGGGUCUGUUUUUCAACAUCAUCCGCCCGAUCGUGAGUCUUAUUCCGACGGUCAAGGAACCCGCGCAGAAAGUUUCGUUCAAAGAGAAACUCAUGUGGACGGGAGUCACUUUACUGAUCUUCUUAGUCUGCAGUCAGAUUCCAUUGAUUGGGAUGGUGAGCAGUGACAGCAGCGAUCCAUUCAGCAUUUUGCGUAACCUUAUGGCAUCGAACAGAGGAACUUUAAUGGACUUGGGUAUCUCACCCAUUGUCACCGCAUCUAUGGUCAUGCAACUCCUCCAAGGUGCUAAGAUCAUUUCAGUUAAUAUGGAAGAUCAAGAAGAAAGCGAACUCUUCGAAGCUUCACAGAAGCUUUUUGGCUUGUUGAUGACCAUCGGACAGGGUUUGGCUUAUAUUAUGUCGGGGAUGUACGGAGAGCCAUCUGAGCUCGGUCUCUUCAACUGCUUUUUGAUUCUCCUCCAACUCUUUUUCGCAGGGCUUGUAGUACUUCUACUUGAUGAACUCUUGUCAAAUGGUUAUGGGUUUGGCUCGGCUAUUUCACUGUUCAUUGCUACUAACAUCAGUGAGUCCAUCAUGUGGGCUGCCUUCUCUCCAACUACUUUCUCUAUGGGCAAUGGAACCCAAUUCGAAGGCGCUAUCAUUAACUUCUUCCAUUUGAUCUUGACAAGACCAGACAAAUUGGGCGCGCUCUAUGACGCGUUCUUCAGAACAAGUGCAAACAACCUUUGCAAUUUGAUGGCUACGGCCGUUGUCUUUAUGGUUGUCAUGUACUACCAAGGGUAUAAGGUGGACAUUCCUUUGAGCUCAAAACAGGGCAGAGUGGAGAGUCAGAACUACUCAAUUAGACUCUUCUAUACCUCUAAUAUGCCAAUCAUCUUGCACUCCGCUUUGACAUCAAACGUCUUCAUCAUUUCACAGUUGCUCUUCAGGAGCUUCCCAAAUAACUUCUUUGUCAACAUGUUCGGAUCAUGGUCCGCUAUUGGUUCAACACACGGACAGACUUAUCCAGUCGGAGGUCUUUGCUAUUACUUGUCUGCUCCAGAUAGCGUCUUUGAAUUGGCUCAAAACCCUAUUCACGGUGUUGUUUCAAUUGCUUUGACUGUCUUGAUGUGCACAAUCUUCUCAAGAGAGUGGAUCAAGGUGUCUGGAAGUGCUUCAGUCGACGUCAAAAAGCAAUUGGCCGACCAAAGAGUCUCUAUUAAGGGUUUCAGAGACGGUGAGAGCUCAGUCUAUUUGUUGGACAAGUACAUCCCAAUUGCUGCCUCAUUCGGUGGUAUGUGCAUCUCAUUGUUGUCUGUCGGUGCUGAUUUGUUGGGAGCUGUUGGAUCUGGAACUGGUAUUUUGUUGGCUGCCACUACUAUCUCAGAGUAUGCCAACACAUUCCAAAAAGAAUGGAAAAAGGAAAUGGGUUCGGAUUUCGCUUUCUAA